UCCUUCUUUCUAAAUCGUGCCUCUCUCUGAGCUUUCGAUUCUUCUUUUUUUUUCUAAUCAAAAUCAAAUCUUUGUAAUCAAAAUCAAAAGUCAAAAUCGAACCCUAAAAAAAAAUGGAGAGAGGAGAGAGAAAGAGGGGCACGAAAUCGAAGAUCUACCCUCUGGUAUUGGUGGGGCUUCUUCUUCUCAGCUUCGUCAGCGACCUCUCGGCUCUCUCCGUCACCGUAAACGACGUCGAAUGCAUCUACGAGUACGUCCUCUACGAAGGCGACUCCGUCACCGGCAACUUCGUCGUCGUCGAUCACGACAUUUUCUGGAGUUCCGAUCACCCCGGCAUCGACUUCAUCGUGACCUCUCCUGCAGGUAAUGUGGUGCACUCUCAGAAGGGAACAUCGGGGGACAAGUUUGACUUCAAGGCCCCACGAAGCGGAAUGUACAAAUUCUGUUUCCAUAAUCCUUACUCGACACCAGAGACUGUGUCUUUCUACAUACAUGUUGGCCACAUCCCCAGUGAACAUGAUCUUGCCAAAGAUGAACAUUUGGACCCUAUUAAUGUUAAAAUUGCUGAGCUGAGGGAGGCAUUGGAAUCUGUUACAGCAGAACAGAACUACUUGAAAGCACGUGAUACUCGUCAUCGUCGUACAAAUGAGAGCACACGGAAGCGUGUUAUACUUUACACAAUAGGAGAGUACAUUAUGCUGGCUCUUGCAAGUGCACUUCAAGUUGCGUAUAUACACCGCCUGUUCAGUAAGUCAGUUGGAUACAACAGGGUUUGAGGCCCGACGUCAAAGCUACCUGUAUUGUUGUUUGUUCUUAACCAGUUGGGUCAGUGUUUGGAGAGUCUAGCCUACGAGUUUAGAUAAACAUGUCUUAAUAUGAUUUUAAUUGUGAACAAUGAGCCUUGAGUGUAGGAAAAAACAAUACAUUUCGAGUAAAGAAGAAUGAGACUUCUUGAGAUAUUCAGUCUGAUUAAGAUAAUGUUCCAAAUGAUUUUGAUUUUAUGUUGCCAAUUUGUGAGAUUUUGUGGAUGAUUGAGGAACUAAUAUCCAAUGGGGCAGACAUUGGUUUCCAUACUUUUGACAGAAACUUCAGGAAUGAUUCAACAAUUUCACUAUUUCUUGUAUGAA